AUGUUCUCCAAAGCUCAUCCUAAAUACGGUUACUCGUACUCAGUAGAAGACCCCCACACCGGUGAUCACAAGUCCCAGCAUGAAGAACGCGACGGCGACGUGGUGAAAGGCGAAUACUCUCUUCUCCAGCCUGACGGCUCUUUCCGCAAGGUCACCUACACUGCUGAUCAUCAUAAUGGAUUCAACGCCGUGGUACACAAUUCCCCGCCCGUCAUCCAUCAUCAUUAG